CUUGAGUUGUUCAGAAGUCCUGGUUCUUCCCUCCACUCUCUCUUCAGGACAUUACAUCAAUUUAAAACGUGCUCAGGGAUGUCCAUUCCUCUUACUUUUGCCUCAAAACGCGUCAAUUGAUUAAUUUUUUUUAUUUUCUCUUCACAUUUAAUAAACAAAACACAUAUUUAUCCAUGGCAACUCUUUCCACUCUUCCCGCAUACAUGGUUGCCUACAAUAAACCAACAUUUCGCACUACUACUCAUAUUUCUAUUUCGCAACUCAUCAUAUGAUUCAUAUCGCAACAAAACCAAAAAUCAUUAUGUAAUCAUCCAUCAAAACCAAAGAUUCAAUUAACUUAAACGCAACAUUUCCUAUACUUAUGAUUACAUAUUUAUAAAAUGAUCGAAUCUAGGUUUCCUAUAACCUUGUAACCGUAAAAAACAAACUCAAAAGAGAUAAGCGUGAAGCGCAGCGUGUGUUACUUAAUGCGUUUUCACAUGACUGACGACUGAUGACUGCUUUGAUAUAGAAUUAAAAUGAAUUGUGGAGAAAUAACACGCGAUUGUCGAUUGUUCCAUUAACUCGCAUCAGUAUUCGACGAGCCUUCGCGUUGUAAACAACAACACACACUCGUAUUACAAGUAUACCUGCAGUAAAGUAACCACACGGUAGCGCACACGUAAUUUACUUAAAAAAACCGACUUACAAAGUGACUUAAUUAUAAAUUAUACAAUAUUCAAUAUUCUGAAACACGUUCGUUUGUUAUCGCUGCUGUUAUCAUUGUGCAUAUAUACGUGCAAAAAAUAUUUUUGGCAUGAUAAACUAAAAACAAAUAAUAAGUUACUUAAAAGUUGACUUAAAAGUUGACUUAAAACAGGUAUUCUGACUUAAUAUUCGUGCUCGCAACAUUCAAAACUAAAUUUUGUGAUUUAAUAUAUAAAAAAGCUGUGAUGUCGACUGAUUAUACACCAAUUUAUUCUAAAGAACUUGAAAAAUCUUUAGAGGAAGAGUUUAAGGAUAUUUUAAAAGAUAAUAUAUAUUUAGAUCAUGCCGGAGCAACUUUAUACUCAAAAACCCAAAUCUCCGACGUGCAUUCCGAAUUAUCAAAGAAUCUAUUCGCCAAUCCGCAUUCCAAAAGCACCGUCAGCAAAUCCACCGAAGAUAUAAUCGAUUCCAUUCGCUACCAAAUUUUAGACUUCUUUGGAACAUCCCCACAAGAAUACAGCGUCAUCUUCACAUCGGGAGCAACAGCAGCGCUUAAACUAGUCGCCGAAACUUUUGACUAUCAAGAUGGCCGACUUGUAUACCUCGAAGAAAACCACACAUCAGUACUGGGCAUGCGUGAAUACGCUAAACAAUCAACUUCAUUGACUAAAAAACAAUUGUUUGAUGUUUUCACUGAUAAAAAGUCAAUGAAACAUCAAGUAAAUGGGAAUACACAAAUACAAAAUGGAGAUAAUGAUGAUGAUAAUGUUAAUGGUGAUAUUUAUGAAUAUGAAUCAAACAAUUUGUUUGUGUAUCCUGCACAAUGCAACUUUUCUGGAUUUAAAUAUCCACUUGAAUGGAUAAAGAAAACUCAUGGCGGAUAUCUUAAUACAAACAAUAAUACAAAAACAACAAAAACAGAAAAAUGGUACUGUUUACUAGAUGCAGCCAGUUAUGCAUCAACAAACCCUUUGGAUCUUAACAAAACCCAAGCUGAUUUUGUCUGUGUGUCUUUCUAUAAAAUUUUCGGAUACCCAACUGGAUUGGGAGCACUUUUAGUCAAAAAUUCAAGUGCAGAUCUUCUAAAAAAGAAAUAUUAUGGUGGAGGUACCGUAUUUAUGGCCUUGGCAAGUAAAAACACUGUUGUACAUCGAAGCAAUCUACAAGAAAAAUUUGAAGAUGGUACCAUAUCUUUCUUAUCAAUCGCUUCUCUAAGACAUGGUUUUGCUGCUUUGAAACGCCACAAUCUACAAAUAUCCACAAUUCAAGCACAUGUCUUCAACCUAGCACAAUAUGUGUAUAAUAAUUUGAAGAAUUAUAAACAUUACAACAAUCAACCGGUUUGUGUGUUGUAUCACGAUGGAGAAUUCAAACAAAUGGAUCAACAAGGUGGAAUUGUGAACUUUAACAUCCUCAGAGCCGAUGGUUCUUAUAUUGGCUUUGCUGAAGUGAUGCACAUAGCCAAUUUGUAUAAUAUUAGCCUACGUACUGGAUGUUUUUGUAACCCUGGGGCAUGCCAGCGACAUCUAGGAAUAUCUACGGAGGAAGUUUUGUAUUAUUAUGAGAUGGGCCAUGUGUGUGGUGAUCAACGUGAUUUGAUCGAUGGUAAACCAACUGGAUCAGUCCGCAUCUCAUUUGGUUAUAUGUCUAACAAAAAAGACGCCGACGCCAUUUUGCACAUGAUAAAAUCUUCAUUCCUACAAACAUUUUCACAUGAAAAUAAUUUAAAUAAUACUAUAGAUGUGGAUUUAUCUAAAGCCAACUUUGGUAAAUUAGAAAAGAUUUACAUCUAUCCGAUAAAAUCCUGCGCAGCUCUGGAAGUCACCCAUGAAUGGAAUUUAGUCUCGACUGGUUUACAAUACGAUCGAGAAUGGAUGAUAGUCAACCAAGAUGGCAUGUGUUUAACACAAAAGCACGAAACACGCAUGUGUAUGAUCCAGUCCGAGAUAAAUCUGCAAACAAAACAAUUAAUUCUUAGUUUUAACAGUAAAAGUAAAAAUCAUAAAAACACUGAAAAGGAAACAAUUUCUGUUGAUUUAGACUUAAAUUUCGACAAUUAUCGAUGCCACAGUAAAGUCUGCGGUGAUAAAAUCCAAGGUUUUGAUUGUGGUGAUGAAGUUGCCUAUUGGCUGGACGCCAUGUUGAAUCGUGAAGGUUUACGCCUCAUAAAACAAUUCGAUAGAAAUGCUAAACACCAAGAAAUCAAAUUAUCUUUAGUAAACCAAGCACAGUUUCUGUUAAUAAACAAAGCAAGUGUUGAAUGGUUAUACAAACGAGUUCCUGACGUCCCCGAUGAGGAAAACACCGAGAAAAAAGAAUUGUUGAUCAAUUCAAUCGCAAGAUUUCGUCCUAAUCUACUAAUUGACUUUGGUACGCCAUUCAUCGAGAAUAAUUUCAAAGAAGUUUACAUCGAAAAUCUAAAAUUUCUUGUCCAAGGAAAAUGCACGCGCUGUCAAAUGAUUUGUAUUGAUCAAUCCAGUGGAAAGAAAACAGUUGAACCUUUGCGGACAUUAUCACGUGAAUUACAAGGCAAAAUCACGUUUGGCAUAUACCUACAGAUGGAGCAAAAUCGUCAGAGUCGCUGUGCAAUAGCGCCAGCCAUGAGAACGACAGCCAUCAACGCUGACAGCCAUUGACAAUGUUUAUCCGCUCGGCAAAUGCCUCAAAAUUUUUAGUUCAUCAUCACCACAGAAGAAGCUUCGCACUUCUCACCUACUUUAGGACAUAAAUUACACGUAUUAUCUCAUAUUUUUGAAUUGUGAGCAUCAGCAACAUGCUGCGCAAUUGUCCACGGUUGUUAAAAACCAUCCAAAAUGGCUCCCAGACGUUCAUACGUGCCAAAGGCACAAAAGCCGCAGCAAAAGCUACAAAAAGCUAAGAAAAGCACCGCCGCCUCCGAAAUACCGCAAAGUAUGCCGGUAUGUCUUCCCAUAUCCGAAGUGCAUCGACCUGUUCAGUCUACGCCCGGAACCGUAUUGUAUCAAGACGGGAGGCGCGUGUCGAAAAGGAAAUAUGCUUGUUCUUCUGCUGGGAAUGACUCUGGUUGGUCUCGGGGCUUAUCUCAGCUUUACUAUACCAGUGCAUUUAAUCUGGUAUAACUUCGAAGAUGAUGAGUGCUGCGAUGAUGAAGAAUAGACGCAAAAGAUGAGAUAGUCGUUGAGAUAUUCGAAAUUGAAUAAAUCGAAACAAAGAAUUAACAAAAUAACAAA